CGUGUUGGCCGGAUGUGAGUACGGGUAAUAACGCUUAACACGGUUCAUGUCUUCCCCAGCUGCAGACCCCCCAAAAUGGUCCGCUACUCGCUUGACCCAGAGAACCCCACCAAGUCCUGCAAGUCCAGGGGUUCCAACCUCCGGGUUCACUUCAAGAACACCCGUGAGACAGCCCAGGCCAUCAAAGGCAUGCACAUCCGUAAGGCUAACAAGUAUUUGAGGGAUGUUGUUGUCAAACAUCAGUGUGUCCCUUUCCGUCGUUACAAUGGCGGUGUUGGAAGAUGUGCCCAGGCAAAGCAGUUUGGUUGGACACAGGGACGCUGGCCCAAGAAAAGUGCAGAGUUCCUCCUUCACAUGCUCAAAAAUGCUGAAAGCAAUGCUGAGCUCAAGGGCUUAGACGUGGAUUCUCUGGUUAUUGAGCACAUUCAGGUUAACAAGGCUCCUAAGAUGCGCAGGCGCACAUACCGUGCCCAUGGUCGCAUCAACCCAUAUAUGAGCUCUCCCUGUCACAUUGAGAUGAUUCUUACUGAGAAGGAGCAAAUUGUGCCCAAGCCCGAGGAGGAGGUUACCCAGAAGAAAAAGGUAUCACAGAAGAAGCUGAAGAAGCAGAAACUCAUGGCACGCGAAUAAAUCAAAUAAAGUGGAGCCCUUGACCAUA